GUGAAGAUUUGUUUUGUUUUUUUGCCUUUUAUAUGCUUUGCAUUCCGUACAAUAUUGUAGAUUUUUAAUUCCUAAGGUUUCAAAAACCUAUAAAUUUCUCGAAUUUUAUUCGUUGUUCUUCUGUGAAUUUGUAGCAGCAUGGAACGGAACAAAAAGGGAAUGUCGGACGAAGAGCGCUUACAGCUAGCAACCAAAUUAGACAGUGAGUUAGAUCAGUUUAUAAAUUCAUUGGAAAAACGACGGUAUACGGAAGGAUGGCCCGAAGAUCGAUGGGAAGAGGAAAUGGCCAAACACCCAUUCUUUAUGCAAAAGCCCCCGGAACCAGGCGAAGAGCUCAGUCCGCUGAUGGAAGGAUUACAGCAACUCAAGUAUGAUCCUGCGGAAAACACCACCCAAGAAUUGGCCGACGCAUAUAAAGAUGAUGGUAAAUUUUAUAUGCAGCACAAGAAAUUUCGUAUGGCCGUACUAAGCUACACGGAGGCGUUAGGUUUUGGUACAACCGACCCGGAGUAUAGAGCAGUGUUAUACAACAACCGAAGUGCUGCUAACUUUUUCAUCAAAAAUUACCGGUCGGCAUUGUUGGAUGCUCAAAAGGCUAUUGAACUAAAACCUGACUAUGACAAGGCACGUUGGAGGGCUGCCCAAUGUGCUAGUUUGAUGGAUAAGUUCGAAAUGUGCGUCAUUUUGUGCGACGAGAUAUUAAAUAGAGAUCCAAAGAAUAUUCAAGCGCUUGAACUAAGAAAAACUACUCUUGCGAAAAGAGCCACCAAAGAACGUGACGCCCGAAAAGCAGCACAAGCUGAGAGAGUAAAGCAAGAACAGUUGAAAAGAACAAUUGAGCAACUCAAACAACGUGGUGUGAAGUUUGAGGAGCCUGAUGCGUUAACUAAAGUGAAGCGACUGAAACCACGAUUAUUGCCACUCGAAGAUUUUAUGGUAAAAGCAGACAGCAACGGAGUGCUUCAUUGGCCAACGGUGUUCUGUUAUCCGCAGUUCCUGAGUACUGAUUUUCAGCAACAACUGUCGGAGGAAUGCACAAUGGAGGAAGUGCUGAUCAACAUGUACGAAGAGCCACUAGAACUGGACGAGGAGGGAGCAUAUGUUCCGCACAACGUGAACGUAUACUAUGAGAAUCCGAUAGCAGCCGAAACUCAUAAAGUGGAUGUGAAGAAAACAAUCAAGGACAUUGUUCGGGAGGAAGCGUUUUACGUGCGGGAUGGAACGCUUGCUUUCUUCGUUCUUCCCAAGGGGUCAUCACAUGAAGUGGAAUUUGUGAACCAAAAACGAAUACCGUCUAAACUAACUCGAUAGUCUUAUAUCUAUAAAUGCUUAAACGCAAAAUAUUCAAAAAUAAUGUACAGGAACUUGAUUACCAACUUUUUAAGCACACUUGAUUUACACUCCGAUCCGCCGAAUUCAAUUGAGGUUCUAUUUUAAAGUCCCAAAACAUUGCUCCGUGGUCGGGAACGCAUGAUGUAAACUGUUCCCAUUCGUGUGGCGACUUUUAGUUCGUACGUUUGCACGAAAUUCAUACAGUAGAAUAAAAGAUUCCAAAAGAAUUUAUUACUGCUAACCAA